AUGUUUCCAUCCUUUACUGGAAACUCGAAACGUCCCCGAAACGUCAAUCUCAGCGGGCAGAGAUCUACGAAUCCAUGGGCAACUUCAGGCUGGGCAGCUCCUCCGUCCGGAGCCUCUCAAACCAUUGCCAAUGCUCAGGCCGAGCGUGAGAAGCGACAAAGAGAUCGAGAACAGGUUGCAGCCUCGAAGCGGAUACAACGUGUAUGGCGGGGCAGAAAAGUUCGCAGACAAGUGCAAAGUCAGUUUCGAAAGGAUUGGGACGAUUUGUACCUUCAGGACGGUGACGUGAAGGAUCGGAUAACCAGAGCCCUACCUCUGUUAUCUGCCUUCUUUGACGCCAGCAAUGACGGCGACCAAGCAAGACUGGAUGGUCUUGUGCAAGACUUGUCGAGUGUCAGAGACUUGAUGUUGGAAGAGAACCAACGGCAAAGACUAGCCUCGACAAUAGUAUCCGCCUUGGAGCAACGACCUCCAUCUGCGUCAAACACACCACUCGGUUUCCUUGUUCUCAUGAUCAAGGCGCAUCCAAACUGUAUCGUCAAUAAUUCCGAUCAAUAUUACGGAUUGAUUGCAAGAUUAUGCAGGCAGAGUGACCAGUCGGGGCCGGCUGCAGAUCAAAAUGUCCUCGCAGAGGCAAUUGCGGCACCUUUGCGUCGCCCCGAUAUACAGUCUUACGAGGCCUUUGCCUUUUUCUUCUUGACCUCGCCGAAUCUCGCUUUUUUGCAAGCAAACCCAGCAGUGGUUGCCCAAUUUCUUGACGCCGGGGUCUUGUCUCAAAGCAUCAUUACUGGGCUCGUCAAACACCACCGGGCCAGCGAGAAAUCGCGCGACGGUCUCUUGUGGCUCUUGGCACAUUUCAUUGCCCUUUGUCGAGCAACCCCUCCCUCCCAGGGAUCCUCUUACCUCGAGGCACUUUAUCGAUUAUUGACGGAGCUGUCCGCGGAUAUCCGUGCACGCAGCAAAGCUGGAAACAGUGCCAAUGGCUCAGCGGACAAUGAAUCAAGCGAUUCUGAUGAGGAGACCACUGGCCCACUGACCCAAUACGUCGUGGAGCAACUCGAGUCCCUCGUCAGUGAAGAUGGUAUUGCCGAGCUGCUCCAACGCUUUACCUCGACGGCUACAUCACAUGAGCAGGCAUCGGAAGAGGCGAGCCUCCUGGCGGGUUACACGCUGGUCCUGCUCCGGUGCUUUCCAAGGCAUGGCGACGACAUCAAGAUCCGCCUGUUCCAUGGAGACAUUAUUACUCCUGCCUCGGCAAAUUUGGGAACAGUGCCAUCGGUGAAAUUUCUUUGGCAGGCAGUGUCGCGCACCAGCAUCUUUUCCGCAAUAGCGCACAAGGAGGCCGAGCAAAGGCCGAGGAUAGUAGUGUCUUCAUUGCAGUCAGACCCCAAUCAUCGAGAUCAAGAAUGGCGGACUCUGCUUCUAUUCCUUGAGCUAUACAAUUUCCUUCUCCGGGUGACUGAUGAUGAGGAUUUUCUCCCGGCAGAAACAGAGGUGCUUGCCAACCCGAGCCCGGUAGUUAUGCGGGUUCGAGCAAGCGGGUUGAAUCUGGCCGAGCUCAAAAAUCUGGUCGUGUUUCUCAAAAAUCUCGCUUUUCCGCUAUACUAUAAUCUGCCAGACAUUAUGCCUUCUUCGACAUUAUCAACAGCACCGACGGUCUCGUCACUUUUUGGUUCAUCCUCGACCAAAAAUCAGCAGCACGUCAACGAAAAGAUCACUACAACAUUUGCAGGAAUUCAAGGAAUGGAUGUCCUCACACUCAGGGCGGCAGCUACAGUGACUAUGCGUGCGCUGUACGAGCGAGAUUCUCGAAGACCAUUCUUGCCCAAAGACUUUUGGCUCAUGACAUCCCGAUUCGAAAUGGAUGGCUUCUUGGCUGCGGUUGUGCUGGAAGAGCAGAAGAAACGGGACCUUGAGGAAGAGGAUGAUGACGACGAUGAGGAAAUGGGCGACCUUGACGCCGCAACUCCUGGCUUCUUGACGGCCUCUGGCCACCGCCUCUCGCGCGCAGCUCAGAUUGAAAGACAAAGACAACAUAAGCGUGCGCAGCGAGAAAAGGUUCUAGCCCAAGUUGGUCCAAAACUGGAGAUUCUGAGAAACAUGCCAUUCACCAUACCCUUUGAGGUCCGUGUUCAGAUCUUUCGUCAGUUUGUACAUCUCGAUAAAUCAAAGAGGCGAAAUGGCUAUGUCGAUGCGGACUCGUGGCGUGCGUCCAUCCUGCACGGCGGCCUGGGCCAAGUCAAUACUGGCCGAGAAUCGCUCGGACGACACAAUGCCACCAUCAAGCGCGGACAGCUCUUUUCGGAUGCAUACAGCCAGUUUUACAAUCUAGGCGAGGCCCUCAAGGAGCCCAUUCAAAUCACCUUUGUUGACAAGUUUGACCAACCAGAAGCUGGAAUUGAUGGCGGUGGUGUCACCAAGGAAUUCUUGACUAGUGUCACCACCGAGGCUUUUACGCCAAAAGAUCAUCUUGGCAUGUUUGUGACCAACAGCCAGAAUCUCUUGUAUCCGAACCCAACAGUCUUUGAUGAGCUCGUGGAGAGUCUUCGCUGGUACGGUAUUCCAGAGAACUCUGCAGAAUGGAAUAGUCGGUUGCAAGACCUGACACAAAAAUUCGAAUUCUUGGGACGUGUUGUCGGCAAAUGUAUGUAUGAGGGCAUCCUCAUUGACUUGUCCUUUGCUCCAUUCUUUCUCUUGAAAUGGAGUUCCUCGGGCAGGGAUGUCCGCGCCAGUCUGAAUGAAUUAAGAGACCUUGACCCAGAGUUGUAUAGAGGUUUGAUUCAGCUCAAGAACUACCCGGGAGACGUUGGUGAUUUCUCGCUUGAUUUCACAAUCAACGACCGUGUCACCAACCCAGUUACGAACAAGGUGCGGACCAUUACACGGCCUUUGAGAAAGGGCAAUGAGAACGCGCCAGUCACCAACAAGGACCGGCCAUUGUACAUUUCAUACGUUGUCACACAUCGACUGGUGGCACAGCCAUACCGCCAGACAAAGGCCUUUUUGCGUGGUCUCAAUAGCAUCAUUGACCCAACAUGGCUGCAAAUGUUCAACCAGUCGGAGCUACAGCGUCUCGUGGGUGGCGACAGUUCCGAGAUUGAUGUCGAGGACCUCCGCAGCAACACGGUUUACUCUGGCGUGUACGUCAUUGGCGACGAUGGAGAGGAGCACCCGACUGUCAAGAUGUUCUGGGAUGUCAUGCACGAGCUUGAAGACUCGGAGCGCCGCGAGGUGCUCAAGUACGUCACUUCCACCCCCCGAGCUCCUCUACUUGGGUUUGGACAAUUGAGCCCUGCCUUUUCAAUAAGAGAUAAUGGCUCAGACGAGAAUCGCCUACCAAGCGCAGCUACUUGUAUCAACCUUUUGAAACUGCCUCUAUACCGCAGCCGAGCUACGCUCAAGGAGAAGCUCUUGUAUGCUGUCGAAUCGGGAGCUGGCUUUGACCUCAGCUAA